UAGUGUACAAAAAAAGAAAGAAAAAAAAAUUCAUAAAUAGUGUGAGAAACUGUAUCGCUUUAUUAUUUUUUUUUUUCUUCUCUUUUCAUGACUAGCACACCGAAACCUAUCUGUAUUACUUUUCAUGGUUAUAUAGAGACAACAAAGGAUUCCCUUUUAUUAUUUGAAGCAUGCAAACGAGGUAUAUUGCCCCGUGUGACUCGACGUCUGUUAGAUAACGAACGACACCUUAUUCAAAGUGGAUCUAUCUUUUGUUUUGACGAGAAAGAAAGUGGCAUGAAACGAUGGACAGAUGGAUUAACAUGGAGCCCUUCACGUAUCAUGGGCCAUUUUUUGAUCUAUCGUGAACUGCAAAACAAGAAACAGAUUUGCAAAGAAAAGCAUCUAUCUCAUCCUGAACCUAAUAUUGGCUAUAUUGUUGCAUCUGAUUUAUUAAAGCGACAAAAAGAAAAGGCUGUUGUAGGAUCACUUACUUCAGUCCGAUUUAAGCAGCAUGGAUUAAUCAAGAAAUCCAUGUCUAUCCUUGUGGAUGGUGUACAACAGCAUAUUAUUAGCUAUUACUCUAAAGAGGACGUAUUAUCAAACAAACUGGUAACACCAUCUAGUAUGAGAGCAUUCGCAUCACUUGAAGUAUCACCAGGUUUACACCUGAGACAGAACUUUCGAACGCCAGCUAUGACAGCGGACGAUAGUUCGAUACCCAAAAAGACAAAACGAAAAUGUCUGGAUGAAGAUCAACAAGUGUCCAUAAAAUCAUUGAAAUCAGAUACCAAAAGCACAUUCAUUCGCACAACCAAUAACAAUAGCAUACAUCAUAGUGUGCCUUUAUCCUCUGUCAACAACCAAAUUCAAAUUGAAAAUCAACCUACAGUACCCGAAUCAUCUCUUAAAACAAACGAAUAUGACCACUACGCUCUUCUAAACAAUAACAAUGUGUUUGGAUUAAACGAAAUGAUGCAAAACCAUCAUAUUUCUGCUACAUUCAAUCAAGGGCUUAUAGCUUCAGGCGGGUAUUAUCCAUCUUUUUGUACAGACGAUCAAAACCCACAUCAACAUUUAUUUUCAUCUGGUUCUUUUCAUGCUGUGAAUCAUGCUUCAAUUAUUUCCCAUCGAACAGCAGAUUUGGUGGCGGCUAAUUCGUUUAUGGAAGAUAUCAACCUACUAUUAGGAACAGGCUGGAAUGACUUUGAAUUACAAAUGUAAUAGUUAUAAAUAAAUAAGUAUAUAGAAUAGAACAUCAUCCAUGAAAGCAAAGUAUUGUCACAAUAUAAGACCAGAAACGCCAGACAGGCAGCAGACUGGUGAAGCGCGGCAAAAACUCAGCAAAAGACCGAAUAGGAGUGAUGAUAUGGGAGUUUAUAGUAGAAUUGAGGCAGAUAUUCUAGAAGUAAGGUAACCGAUUAAUCACUUAUUACACACGAGCAUCAAGGAAAGACUGUAAAGAACCUACUUCGAAUGUAAUAGCACCAAAUUCUCAGGUAAUCUCCUUCAAAAAUAUCUUUUU